UCCAGCGGAUAAGAUACUCCCCAAGUUCGUAGGUUGAGGAUUCCAAAAUUACUGAACUGUUUGGAAAGUAUUUGAGAAUGGAUGUCUGUGCACACGUGUAUUUUUAAGAGAUCAAAAGUGAUCAGAUAUAAAUUAAAACGAACGAUCGCGUUGAAAACUCUUGUGAACUGUAAUAGUUAAUCGUGUGAAGAGUAUCUACUGGAAUUUAAAUUUAAAAGGUGUUAAAGUGGAACUUAAAAACAGAGAUAUUUAUUAAUUUCAAGGGCCCGAGGAGCAGCAGUACCACCUGAUAAUUACCACCUGCAAGCCCGCAUUGAGGUCCCAUUGGAGCCGCCGCCAUUGAAGAGCCCCCCGGAACCAUGGCGAGCAUCUCGGCGCUGCUCCACCGGAGUCACAGCCACAGCAAUGGGUACACCAGCAGCGGGAGUAGCAAUCACAGCCACAGCAGCAGUCUCUCACCGCAGUUGCCCGGCAUCAAUUUGGGUCUGGGCAUGGUCGGAGGUGCGGGAUCGGGGUCGGGAAACACCACCCCGCCAAUAUUGCCGCCAGUUGACCUCGCCAACCCAGCAUCUGCUCCUGCCACACCAGUGGCGCCGCCCAAAAUGCACCACCAGCACCACCCGCACCACCACGCCAGCUCCCAUUCGAAUCCUGGAUCCCAUCACAGCAGCAACGGCAACAACGGCCACGACCACAUUAAGCGACCAAUGAACGCCUUCAUGGUGUGGUCGCGGGGGCAGCGCCGCAAAAUGGCCCAGGACAAUCCAAAAAUGCACAAUUCCGAAAUAUCGAAGCGCCUGGGCGCCGAGUGGAAAUUACUCACCGAAGGACAGAAGCGUCCAUUCAUCGACGAGGCAAAACGAUUGCGGGCCCUGCACAUGAAAGAACAUCCCGACUACAAGUAUCGACCACGUCGCAAGCCCAAGACGCUCAACAAGUCACCAGUGCCGGGUGGUGGUGGUGGAGGUGCUGGCGGAGGUCCCAAUGGUGGUGCCAAUGGUGGUAGUAAUCCGGGUUCCGGAGGUCCAGGAUCCGCUGGCUCCCCCAAGGACAUGCAGCCCCAGUUGUCGCCUUUGGGCCAGAGCAUGCCCCAUCUCCAUGGCCAUCACCACCAGUCGUCUUAUCCACCGCAUCCACACCACCCGCAUCCCCAUCCCCAUCAUGUCCAGCUGGCGGCCGCCACCCUGAGUGCCAAGUACGGAUUUGGAUCGCCACUGGAGUUGUCCCUGCCCCGCCUGCCGAACGCCUUCCCCGGCCUCGCCCACUAUCCGCUGGAUCCCACGUUGGCCCUGGACCUGCAGGCCCGCCUCCAGGCCAUGUACGCCGGCUCCAUCUACCACCCGUGGCGGUAUCUGCCGCUGAUCAGCCCGGAAACACCGCCCUCCCCGCCCAGCAGCAGCGGCACCGGCAUCUCAUCCUACGGCUGCGUCAAGUCGGAGAAGUCCUCUCCCAAUGCGGUAGUUGCCACCACGGCCAGUCCGCCCAACAUCAUUUGACCGACUCCUCUGCGCUUCGGCGCCGGCACAGCCUCAUCCGCAGAGCACGUGGUCUAGGAUGGGUAAUCUCUAUCGAUCACAUUCAAUAGCCCAUCCGGAAUCGGCCACUUGGUCACCCCGCCCCGCGAGUUAAAAGUCCUAAUGUUAGAGCCUAGUGUUAGUCGAAUAUUUGUGCGUGUCUUUAGUUGCAAGAGUUAUGUUUCGGGUUCUGAUUUCAAUUCUGCCAGCUAAAGUUAUUAUUUAAAAUGGUAUGGGUAAGCGGCUAUAUAAAUUUUUGGUGAAAAUAUUUUAUCUAGACUUUUAUUGAGGGUUUCCUUAGAUGUUCCACAAGAAACUAUCUAAAAUAAUAUUUAAAAUCUCAAAUUCGUAAUUGGCUUUUCUCAGAUUUCAACCAUUUUUAUGAUUAUUUUUCUUGAUUACCUAAAACUACAAUACAAACCGUACCAGUUGCUUUAUAAAACUUUAAAUGAGUUUCCGAAAUUAAAAUUAUUAACCUUACUUUCCUCAAACUAUUAGUAUUAGUAAUUAAAUUUUCCUUUAGGACUAAGCAUUUUAUUGAUAUAUUGUUAUUUGAUUAAUAAAAGCAAUAAAUAGGGCUUAAAAAUCUUUUUAAACUUAUUAAAAUUUUUGAACUACGGCCUUGAUUUAAAAUUCAAAAAAAUUGUGUGUUACAUUCAGUUUUUUUGUUCUUUAAUUUUAAUUUAAUUUUAGUUUCCCUAAACUUCGUUAUCAUAUUUUUGAACCCAAGCAAAUUGCUUUGUAGUACAUUAUUUUUGUUAAGGCAUCAAGAACAUGUCCAAUUUUAUGUAAUAUAUGAUUAUAAAACUAUACUUUAAUGUGAUAAACGAAAAAGAGCAGAAAAUGAAUUAAAAACUGUGAGAAAAUAAACGAUUUUUAACUAGCGCACUGGAGUAAAAGCACGAAAAUU